CGCUCACGUAAGUCAAGUAAGCGUGCAUGAGUUGAAACAAGUCUUCCAACUAGGUAGACUCGCUGUUCUUCAGAAUCUGCAGGGAGUUGCAGUUGCUGGUUGUUUGUGCCACGUGUGAAUACAGCAUAACCCAACUUUCUCCAGAUGUUUCGGUUCCUGCGGACAGCGAUUCAGACGCGGAACAUAAACUCGUUGCUGUCAGUGUUCUGUGUUUGGAAUCUGUUGUAUUCAACAUGUGAAACUAGUGAUCCAUGUGUACAAGCAGAACACAAUAAGUACUUCUGCACCUUAAUACCGCAUGCUUCAUGGUAUCCAUCAAAUAUAAAACUCCUUUUGUUCAAAGUGGAGAGUGGGAUUGGGUCUAUCAAUUACACCACGUUCAACAGUUCAAGACUUACUUCUGUCUCCAACCUAACAAUCACUGAUAGUGGCGUUACAAGUAUUGCUCAAGGAGCUUUCAGUUCUUUCCGUAGACUCGUUGUGUUGAUUCUAAACAAUAAUAAAUUAUCUACCAUCAGUGCCUCCUGGUUUGCCAGCCCUGCAAGCCUGGUCAAACUUUCCUUGUUCAGGAACAGGAUUCAUACAAUUGAUGUCACCAGUCUAUCCAACCUUUCCAAUCUGGUUGAACUCAAUCUUUCCCAAAAUGCAAUAAGUGAUAUAGCAGACCAAGGUUUCAGGAGUAACUUGAAGCUGUCCAUCCUUGAUCUUUCCACCAAUAACCUGACUUUUCUAAGGACAGAGACUUUUGCAGGCCUUCAUCUCAAGAAGCUUGGCCUUCAGGACAAUCCUUGGAUCUGCUCCUGUGAACUUGCAGAUUUUGCAAACUUCCUAGGAGAUCUGGUUAACAAGUCUGCUGUCGAUGGGUAUUCAAUCACUUGCCAUGAUCCUCCCAACUUGCAAGGCAGCCCUGUCUGGAAUGUAUCUGAUUUUGGUUGCAAGAUCAGUGCAUAUACAACCUGGCCCAGUCAACAUGUAGCUUCUGAGAAUCUGUUCCCAAAAUUACUUUGGCUGCUAGGGCUGCUUUUCAUUCUCCUUCUGUUAGUUAUUCCACUAUUGAAAAGGAAACAGGAAAAGAAGCAGACAGUACCAGAAAGGCAAACAGAUAAUAAACAGGAGAAUGGCCUUCAAAUGGAGGAUCCUACUGGAAAAUCUAAUUUUGAAAUGCAAGCAGUCAAUUCAUUGACAGGAGUGGAAGUGAACAAGAUACACAAAUCAUCGCAAAUAGCGGGGGUUCAACUGGCAAAUGAAAUUCCUCCCAAGGAUCUGCCGGAAUUACCAUGGCGUGAUCAAGAGAUCUCAGACAUUCGUGCAGCAACAUCUCAGUUGUUCACUGAGAACUCGGAGCGUAUAAAAAAUGAACGUGGCACAAGUAAGCAGGAAAAGGCAACAUGUGACGACGAUUCAUCCCUUGAAAAUCAGACAGCAGGAGUCCUUGAUUACGGAACAGUGAGUGGUUCAAAAUCAUUGUCCAUGUCACCCUUCCAGAACCAGGGAGGGCCUGAUUUAACCCAGAGGGAAAAGAAGGGAAAUGGCAAACCUGUAGGAAUGAUCAUACCGUUAUCCAAAAUGACUACAGGCAAUACUGUGAAUCCUGAUGAGAACCUGGCUCUCACUACCUCCGUGGUGAGUGGUAAACAGGCUGUAGUGACAAGUUCACUGAAAGGAGACAAAUUAAUUAAAGGUGAUGCUGGUGAGAUAUAUGAUUCAAGACGUUUAAUGAACAGUGUAAAGCAACAUGGCAAGGGAAGUGAGAUGCCUGAGAAAAAUGAAAGCCAAGGAAAUAUUGCACAGAUUGAAACAAGAGUUUUGGGUGGCAGAAGUAAGGAAUCAAGCCUGAGGAAUGAUGAGAAUAUUCUGAAGUACUCCUCUGGAGUUGGCAGCCCUACUUCAUUGAGAAGGGGGGGCAUAUCAACAACUGAAAGUGUGAGGCGAGGCCAGCUCAGCUGUGAGGUUGUAAUCCUUCCAGGCUCAGUAUGUGCUCCAGCCACACCAGACAAUGAGACGGUGGCUGAUGCAGGCUCAUCAACCAAAGAUAAUCCUUGGGGCAGUGACUAUGGAUACGCUAACCUUUUACAUGAAAUUGUGGAAAAUCAAGGACGUCGUACCAGAGAGCGUUGGAAGCAAAGCCAUCGGUUCAAAAUGGCACAUCAAGUCUAAUACUUUCCGGUGCCUGGUUAGUAGAUUAGGUUGCAAACUGAAUUGAGCUUCAAAGCACUUGAAGUGAGAGAUUGGACACGCAUAGACAAUCAUGCAAUGAUUAAUUUUGAAUUAUCCUGAUAGUCCUUUGGGAUAGUGUGAGUUAGGAUAGGGCUGCACUAUAUUGAGUGUGUACUAACAUAUAUGGAGGAUGUACAUACGAAUAUGUAACUGCACACACAAACAAGAGAAAAUCUGCAGAUGCUGGAAAUCCGAGAAACACACACAAAAUGCUGGAGGAACUCAGCAGGCCAGGCAGCAUCUAUAGAAAAAAAGUACAGCUGAAGUUUUGGGCCGAAACCCUUUGGCAGGACCUUUUUCCAUAGAUGCUGCCUGGCUUGUUGAGUUCCUCCAGCAUUUUAUGUAACUGUUGUUACGAGAAUACACAUAAAAUUAAGAUGUUUGCUGGCCUGGGCUAGCAUCAGUGGCAUCAGCAGUUGGUCUGCCACCUGCCCUCAGGGGAAGGAGAGAUAAGGAACAAUGGAGCAGCGUCUGGAGAUGUGUAAUGAAGGGACGGGGGAGAGAGAGCUGUCUGGAGCGGCUCCCCUCUUUGAACCCUGAACUGUUUGAAGUGAUGGACAGGCGAUACCCCAGCAGGGGGAUAAAAAGGGACAGGUUCGCUAAGACAGGACACACGCCACCCGAGGUAACGAGACCCUGGAAGCGGUGCGCCUCUCACGAGUGGUGAGAAGUACCGGACAACGCACAGGGUGGAAAGGUACGAUCAGCGGGAACCCGCUGUGUGUCCGCCCUUGCCUGGGUGCCGGGUUCCCUGCAGAGGAUCGACCGCAUCUGGAGGAGGGGUCACAGUCGGUGACCUCAGGUGACAUCACCAAGGACCCGCCCAAAAGUUGCUCGUGAGCAAUCUCGCUGGUCUGUGAGUGAAGCUGUGCUGAAUGAUGAGUUGUUCUCUCUGUCUCUCUUCCCCCACCUUGUCCAUCGCCAUGGCAACGAUUACUGCGAACUGAACUUUGAGUCAUUUUGAAAUUGGUCAUUUACCCCUAGACAACGAUAGAGCUUGAUUGAUGCUGUUAUCUUAAUUCUGUGCACAUGUGUGGUUAUCAUUGUUGAAUUGUUGCAUUUAUUAUCCUUUCGGUUACUGUGUUGCUUGUUUCUUUAAUAAAACUUUCUUAGUUCUAGUACUCCAGACUCCAACUGAGUGAUCCAUUUCUGCUGGUUUGGCAACCCAGUUACGGGGUACGUAACACUGUACGCAUUAGCAGCAUGAUUAGAUCAGUCAGCCUCUCAAGCCUACACUGUCAUUUAAUAAAACCAUGGCCGACCUGAUUUCACCUCAAGUUUGCAUUCCUUUUUACCCAUGGGAACCAUUCACUUCUUGAUUAUCAAGCAUCACACAAUGCCUUCAAAAUAUCUAAAGACUGUAUUCUCUGUGAGGAAGAUUUACAAAGGCUGUUGACCAUCUGAGCAGGGAUAAAUGUUGCUUCCUGUCAGUCUUAAAUGGGUUCUUUUUAUACUCAAUGACCCCUGUUUUAGGUUCUCGUAGUGAAAAUUCUCUCUAUGUUCACCCUUAUCCCUUCAGGAUCUUGUGAAUUCCACUCAAAGAGGUGACAUUUGGCCAGAGUACAUUGGGUUUCCAUUGGGUUUCCUUCCACAUCCCAAAGACAAUGCUGAUGGGUUAGUUAGAUUCUGUAAAUUAUCUCUAGUGCAAUUAAACAGCAAAAGGAUCAAACAGAGAGUCGAUGGGCACGAGAGAGAAUUAGAAUGUAGGAUUAUAGGAAGGAAUGGAUUAACGAAAUGGCUACCUUGGGUUUUAUAACAAAGUAACUUCAAACAUUGUGGUGGUUCUUUUAAAUCUGUUUCUUUAUUCUGGCAACAUAAACUUGUUACUUCAAAGUGUUAGACACUAAUGUGAAGUUUUGAGCAUGAACCAAAAUCAUCAAUAUAUUUGAAAUUAGAUGGCUCCUCUCAAUUCUUAGAUAAAAGUUUGGUUUUUUUAGAGUAAUCCCAACAACUUUGGCAGCUGUUGAGUCAAACCCAAAGUAGACCUUUUACCACACUGCAUAGGUAUGUUAAUCAACAGAUUGGAUGCUUUAGCUCUUUACUUUUCAACAUGUGGUGAGUGGUUCAUUAUUUUUUUCACUUAUGACCCUGUGCCAUUGAGCUACACGUAGGUCACUUAGCUGUUUUAAAGAGCUGCUGUUGGGGCACACGUUGUUGUGAAGCUGAGGUUGCAAUUCUUCCAAACCAGUAAGGACAGCAGAUUCACUCUUCUGAUGGCCAAGAGAUGGGUUUUUACAAUUCAGUAAUUACAUGAUCAUUCUCAACCUUCUGAGAUUGCCUUAUCUCUGGCUAAAAAUGGGCUACCCUUUAUGUUUUAAACAGUGACCCCUGCUUCGAUAUCUUCCCACAAGUAAAAAUUCUAUUUUAUUCUUGAUUGAUGUGAUUAAGCUUUAAUUUCCCCACCUUCCAAGUGAAAUUUGAAUGAGUGCCUCCAAUUAAUUUGAACUUGCAGGUCAGUGAGAAAACUAUUAUCCCACUUGAAUUUAAACAAUUUCUCACUUGAGAGCUCUCAGCAAUCAAAUCUAGACUACCUGUCAACUGAGGCAGUAUGUUACAUUAAUAGAUUGUUGGGCAAAGGUUGGUGAACUGAAUUUUUGUCACAUUUAUAGUCGAAAAUGGUUAAUUCUGAAAAUGAUUUGUUACUGAUUAGAUUUGUAUAAAAUAUUAGCAAUAUACUGGUAUUUUCUUAGUUAAAUUGAGCACAUUUGCUGAAUUGCAACUAGAAAGAAUUGGAACUGAUUUUAUUUGUGAUUUCUUCCUUUUUUGUAUUAACUUUGUUUAUUUCUGAAUAAAUAAAUGGGUGAGACAACAAA